AGGGAAUCGGCCACGGCUGGCUCAGUGUCAUUCCGGAAAUCACACACCAGUAACAUCAUGGAAGGCGCGAGCAAGAUUGAAUCGGUCCAGGUCUUUGGCCGCAAGAAGAACGCUACGGCGGUCGCCUACUGCAAGCGCGGCCACGGCCUCAUCAAGGUCAACGGCUGCCCCAUCGAGCUCGUCGAGCCGGAGAUCCUCCGCACCAAGACGUACGAGCCCGUGCUCCUCCUCGGCCAGCAGCGCUUCGCCAACGUCGACAUCCGUGUCCGCGUCAAGGGCGGUGGUCACACCUCGCAGAUCUACGCCAUCCGCCAGGCGAUCGCCAAGGCCAUCGUCGCGUACUACCAGAAGUACGUCGAUGAAGCCUCGAAGAAGGAAAUCAAGGACAUCCUCCUCGACUACGACCGCACGCUCCUCGUCGCGGAUCCCCGCCGCUGCGAAGCCAAGAAGUUCGGCGGUCCCAGCGCCCGCGCUCGCUUCCAGAAGUCGUACCGUUAAACGUCUCGCCGACGUGUGUCGUCUUGGCUUGGAGGCAGCGCACCGCGUCUUGGCGCUCUGCUUUGCCUUCUAGUUGGGCGAUCGUGUAACAACAAACUGGUGUGAACCUCA